GUAUGUGAACGAUCAACAAGACUAGAAAAGUUGAGCAUCCAAGAAGUACAUAUACUUUGUUAAAGGAAGGUGAAGAGUGGUGGCAUGACACCUCAGCAUGCGCGUCUUCCAAAUCUCGCUAGCGCCAACCCUUUCUCCACUGCUAAUAGCUGGUCACCCCCUUGCUUGCGCCUGCGCGUGUACACAGCCCAGCGCUUGCCCUUUCCCACUCGAGCUCGACGACACUAUAAAUACCAGCCCACUUGCUCACGCAUCACCUCCCCCUCCCGGUCGAAGGCACGCGCAGACGAAGAUCUAGGCGCCGCGGCGAACAGUGAUGGUGAAGAACACAAGCAAUGGCGUCGCCACCGCUACCGCGUUCUCGGACGACAAGGCCAGGCCGGAGAGCGGCGUAGGCGGCAAGUCGGCGGCGAGGCCGUACAAGGGGGUGCGGAUGCGGAGCUGGGGGUCGUGGGUGUCGGAGAUCAGGGCGCCCAACCAGAAGCGCCGGAUCUGGCUCGGCUCCUACGCCACGCCCGAGGCAGCCGCGCGCGCCUACGACGCAGCGCUGCUCUGCCUCAAGGGCUCCGGCGCCGUCCUCAACUUCCCCGCCGCCUCGUCGCCGUCGUCGUCCUCCUCCCCGCACCACGUCGAUACCCGCCACUCAGACCCGGCGUCGUCGUCGGGCGCCAUGUCACCGAGGUCCAUCCAACGCGCGGCGGCCGCGGCCGCCGCCGCAUUCGACGCGGGCCUCGGCGCCAGCGUCGAAGACAGGUGCUCUUCCAGCGCCGGCGCGACCACAACGACGUCUGCCUCUCUGUCAGUGUCAACGCUGUGCAGCGCCGAUCACGUCCAGGAGCACGCUACCUCGUCGUCCGCCGCGGCCAGCACCGGCUCGCCGGCCGAGGGGGACGAGCUGUGGACGGACCUGGACGCCUUCGCCUCGCCCAAGUUCAUGGAUCUGAUGGCCUCCGGCGCCGCGCCGUUCUCGUCGACGUGGGAGGAUCCCGAGGACGACGGCGAGGUGAUGAGGCUGUGGAGCUUCUGCUAAAGCCUAUAGGGAGGAUCAAGCCCUGUUCAGCGAUGUGCAUGAUACAUUGCUCCACAUUUUUUCGUCUCCCUGUCAGCAUUGCAAGCUAGGUGCAUGCAUGCCUAGCGUCUACCAAAGAUUCUUUCGUUUUUUUAUAAGAUCAAAAAGAUAAAUUAUUUUUUUGUUCUGAACA